GAAGCUGGUUCGCAGACUGAUGAUACACAAGGAAGAAGAAGAGGAUGAAGAGGAAGUGGGAGAAGAAAAACAAGCCGUGGAAUCAGUCUGAACUUUGAUUCAUCGUCCCGCUUUCACCAACUCUCCUCCGUCUUCACCGGCCCCUCUUUUUAUUUGAUCACUUUACACCUGUACGAUCACCUGACGCUGGGUGUGACGUCACGGCACGGUCACGUUAGCAGCCGGCGGUAAAAUCUGCUGACAGCGCGAGACGGAGACGGACAGGCUGUUUUCCAGGUGAGUUUAUUUUACAUCUGACCGCUGAAAUCACAAUCUGUAAACAUAUUUAUUAAGUUUUUAACAAAAAUAUGAGAUUUAAACAUUUUAAAUGACAGUAAAUCAAGUAUUUAACUAGUUUUAAACGUGACUAUCAUGUUUUUCCUUCUAAAAUAACUGUAUAAAUUCUUAUUAAUUAAAUUAUUGAAAUUGAAAAACAGAUUUUAUGUUAAACGAUUGAUAUAUUUUUUUUUAAUAUUUCUCUAUUAUUAAAAGUUUAUCGCGUUUAAUCCAGGAAAUGUUCUAAUCUUCUAAUGUUUGUUCUAAUUUUUGGAUUUUUAUUCGUACUUUGUUGAUUUAUAUCCAUAAAAUCAUUCUCUCUUAUUAUAUUAACUUUUUUCUGUAGACCUCUAACCUGUCAGUCUGUGCUCUGGUUAACUUUUGAAGUUAUUAUCUAGUUAGCUGGUUAGUCCGAUGUGCAGAUCAGACUAUUUCUUGGUGUUUAAUGGGUUAAAACAGUGGUUUUCAACUGGUGGGUCCCAACCCAAAAGUGGGCCAGGGACACGUUCUGGAUGGGUCACGAACAGCUGGUCAAAAAAGUAAAUAUUUAAUGCGAUAUUUAUUAAUAUUUGAUAUUUUUUGUACAUGCAACUUCAGUAGUUGUCCUCCUCAUGUUGUCCCCUUCGUGUGCCUUGAAAUGCACUUCACUGUCUGUGUGGUGGGUGGUUAAAUGGGGGACUAGUAAGUUAGUUGGUUGAUGUCAGCUAAGAUAAUCAGCAGUAGAGACACACAAAGUAAAGUCAAAUGUAUUUUAUAUAACCUUAAACAGCACUCAGGCUGAUGAGUGUAACCUGUUGAAUAUUGAAACUGAAUAAGUCUACAUGAUUUGAUUUAAUUAAAUGAUUUUGAUUCUUUUUUGUAGUUAUGAGAUUAAUGAAUGAAAUGAGAAUAUCCUUGUAUCUGCAAUAGUUAACCCCUGUCAGCAGUGCCCAGCAACAUGAGCUCAGAUUUACUUCCAUUUAAAACAAGCUUCAGCUCCAGAGUUUUACUUUGAACGUGUCAGUUUUGAGCAACAGCAAUUAUCUGCAACUGCUAAACAGCCUGUAGAAGAGCAGCCUUACAACAGUUAACAGUGGACUGAGUACAGAGCCUUGCGGGACUUCUUUUUUGGACAGAUAGAAUGUCAGAGUAAAGAGCAUUAUGGCAAACACGCUUAGGAUGAUCACUGAUAUAGUUUGAAGACCAGGUGUCUGCUUCCUCUGAGAGUCCAGUGUGGAUACUCUGAGCUUUAAAACACCACGGCUGACAGAGAAAGCUUUAGGUCUCAUCAAGUGCUACAGAAAGUGCUGUGUAUGUAUCUAAAAGCUGAUCAAUAUGCUGGUUAAACAUUGAUGGUGUAUGAAAACUACACAUGCACAAAUAAAGAAUAAAGUUCAUUGGAAAUGUAAUAUCAAUAAUUCAAUAUUGUGAUGGCAGUGUGUGUGAAUAACUUUUUCUUUCUGCUCUCCUGGUAUUUUAGUGGUGUGAUGAUUGCCUGAGUCUGAAGCUGAGAUGGAGGACGACUGUCGGCCUCUGCUGAACUCUGAACAGACGGCAGAAAGUUUCUCUCACAGAGGAUCCACAGACUCCCUAGACUUCAAGAAUAAACGGUAAAAACUCUCUGACAUCUGAAAGUUAUCUGAAAGGGAAAGACACUCAUACUCAGAGGAAAAAUUUGGUGCUUAGGUUAGUUUAAAGGAUUUCAUUCAUACUUUGUACCAACGCUGAUGGACCUGAGGUUGUAGUUUGAAUCAGUUCAUACUUUGUUAGAGUGAAUCAGCCAUAUUGUCACAGUGUUUUUUGUUCAGUCAGCAUUUAAGACCUCUGUGUCAGAGUGUUACCGACCACUGCUGGCUGUUGCUAGGUAACAGAGGAGUGUUUGGUGUCACUUCCUCUCUCCUCUGCAGUGACAGUCAGGGUUUUUUAAAGUGAGUGAUUGAUGUCGGCUUUUAUUCAGAAGGAUUGUACAGAGAAAAUGUUGUGCAGUGGAAGAAUCGGUGUCCAGGUUUUAGUAGCUGCUUCACAUCUAGACUUCAGGUAACAGAUCACAGGUAUUGUCCUUUUGUUAGGGCAUUAUUUUCAGCGGUGGAUGAAUCCUGGUGUUGGUGGGUUUGAUUCCUGCAGAUCAUUCAUGUUUGUUUGUCAUAAAAUUAUUCAAUCAAUCAAUCUUAUUUUAUAUAGGGCCAAAUGAAAACAAACAGAGCUGGUCUGGACCAAACCCCACUUACAAAAACUCAGUUUAAAGAUUAGAUCAGAAUGAGCCUUAUCUUGUGAGAUCAGACCCACUCACAUCCCAUCUUCAUAUUCUCCACUAUGAGAGAAACACCUCGCACAAAGUCACAGUGGAGAGGAAAGACUUGCUUUAACAGGCAGAAACCUUGAGCAGAACCAGACUCAUGUUAGACAGUCAUCUAAUGAGACUGCGUUGGGUUUAGAGAGGAGAUAGAGACAAAGGACAACAGUAACACCAACAUUACACACGGAUGUAUGGUUACAGUGUCAGAGAUAAUGGAACAAGUAUUUACUAUUCACAGGAACUGCUGAUAAUGACGAAUGACUAAAGUCAAUACGUCUGUAGUAAUAAUAAAGCUUUGAUAGCAUCCAUGUUGAUGAAGUGAAGUUAUACACACACCUGUUAACAGUAAUCUUAGAUGUAAACUCUAAAUAAUUGGAUCAAACAGGAACAUUUAAUCCUUAAUCUGAUGAAAACAGGUGAGUUUAAUUUAUCUAAUUUAAAGAGGUGGGUCCUCAGUUGUUGAGCGGAGGCUGUAAACAUGUUUAUUUCUGCUGUAAAGUUGUAACAUGGGGCGCUAUGGAACACCAUCACACGUUUACCACCUUCAACUGACCUGUUAACAACAUGUGUGUAUGUGUGUGUGUGUGCGCGUCUUAACGCUGAGCUCAGAGUUUUGUUCAGGUGACAAACAAGCUGCUUUCUCUGAGGUACACUCCCUGGAAUUCACAAGAGAACAUGAACACGUGUGUGUGUGUGUGUGUGUGUGUGUGUGUGUGUGUGUGUGUGUGUGUGUGUGUGUGUGUGUGUGUGUGUGUGUGUGUGUGUGUGUGUGUCUGUGUGUGUUUUGUGUGUUUCGGUGUGUUUUGGUGUGUGUGUGUGAGUAUGUUUGUUUGACACCAGUUCAGAAUCAGCAUCGUGUGUGAGUUUAAUCCAGUUUGGUAUUUCACAGUGACUGACGAGCUCACACCUAACACACACACACACACACACACACACACACACACACACACACACACACACACACACACACACACACACACACACACUCUCUCUCACUCUCUCUCUCUCUAUCAUGUUUGUUUUGUUGUUUUUACAUUAAUUUUCAAAGUGUUUCUUUUUAUUGUCUGUUGCUUUUGUUAAUUAUUGUUAUUACUUAUUAUUGAUUAUUGUCGUUUAUUGUUAUUCAUUGUCAUUUUGUUGUAUUGAUUAUAUCAGUUAACAGAGUUUAAUCAUCAUUAGUCUGUUCCAUGUGACGCUAAUAGACACUGUUGAUAAUUGUUUAUUCUAUGAAUUUAUUAACAAAUUAAUUUUUGAUUGAUUAAUUAUUGUUGCUGAUUAUUGUUUAGGUCAUUAAUCAAUUGACUUGUAUCCUCAGGCCGUUUCAUGUGGAGCCCAGAAACAUUGUGGACGAUGAUCCUCAGGAGAGAGUGUCAGCUGAAGCCGCCAUCCUCAACAGCAGAGUACAUUACUAUGGGCGCCUGACAGGCUCCUCUGAUAGGCUGCUGGUAGGACCAAUCACAGCAAGGCUACCUGCCUCAGGUCACCAGUGUCUCUUUGUUUUACUAUACCUAUGAGGACAUCCUGUGUGAUAUUGGUGUUUUUCCUCCUCAGAGUCCGCCCAAUCAUGUGAUCCCCGGUCCUGAGGAGAUCUACAUCUACAGCCCGUUGGGAACGGCGUUUAAGGUGACGGGCAGCGACGGUGCUGCCAAGAACCCCAGCAUUAUCACCAUGUGAGGAUAAAAUUAUCAAAUAAACCUGCAAUGAAAAAUCUGUUCAUUCAGGGAUUAAUAUUCUGAUCAUUCAAGGAUUAAUAAUAAAUCAUUAAGAGUUUUGUAAUCUGAUCAUUCAGGGAUUAAUAGUCUGAUGUUUGAUUAGGACCCAAGCAUCAAACUGUCUUGAUAUCAGAGCCUCUGUGUUAGGUUAAUGCAUAAUCUCUAAAUUAUCUAGAUUAUUCUCUUUGAUUGGUGUUAAUCCUGCAGUUUGACACAGAUUAUACUCUUUAUUUAUGACUAACUUUUUUCAUAUUUCCCCUGCUGUUUUUCUUCCGAUCUUCAAUUUCUUCAUUUUUUGUUCACUGCUGUUUUCUCUCAGAUUAUUUGGGAUUUAUUUUAGAAUAUGUGCUGGUUUUUCUAAGAUUAAUUUAUUGUUUAUUUUCCCUGCUGGUUUCCUGAGAUUGUUUACUUUAAUCUUUCAGAUUUGCCAUCUGGAACACAAUGAUGGGAACAUCCAUCCUGAGCAUCCCCUGGGGAAUCAAACAGGUGAUCUUUUAAUAUAAAAUGACCUCUUCAAAGUCAACCUCACUUUCUCUGCUUAUUUGUCUUAUUUUCCAAGUUUACUCUGGUCACCGCACUCUGAAAUUUAUUUGAAAGUACAGCAAGUUUAUUUCUAAGCCUCUGCAGUUUCUGUCUUUUUUUUGUCUCCUCAGGCCGGUUUUACUCUUGGCAUCCUCAUCCUCAUCGUUGUUGGCUUGUUGAUGCUCUACUGCUGCUACAUAGUCCUUAAAUCACCCAAAGCCAUCCGUAAGUCUCUCCUUUGGUAGAACAGAAUUUUACUCAAAUAUCAUUCUGUGUCAAACUAAGAUUAUUCUUUUUCAUCCUGUGCAGACCUUUGAAGGUUUUUUUUGUGAAAUAAUUAAAAUGGAUGUUUUUUUUUUGAGUAUAUGUAUAUUUUCAUAGUUGUAGAUUUUUUUUUUUGAGUUAAUUAUCUUAAAAGUAGUUAUCCUGGUCUAAACGUCAUAUUUUGUCACCUCAUCGUAUGUUGACAGUCAAAGUGGGAGUUUCUGGGUUAAAUUUGUAGUCAAAUGUUUAAAGUUUUUAAUCCUUUAAUUAUAAAUAAACAUAUUGUUUCCGCUGUAGCCUACUUGGACACAUCGGAGUGGGAGUUCCCAGAUGUCUGCAGGUAUUAUUUCGGGAAGUUCGGUCAGUGGUCCAGUCUGGUGUUCUCUAUGGUGUCUCUGAUUGGAGCCAUGGUGGUUUACUGGGUCCUCAUGUCGAACUUCCUCUACAAUACGGGACAGUUCAUCUACAGUAAGUCAACAACAGGGGCAGAGUAUAAAGAGUAUAAUGAGUGUGUAAGGUUAAUCCUGUGCCCCUGUCUCUGAGUCUGGUUGAUAUUUGAUCUUUAAACCGGUAAAAAAUGUGUUUAUUUGUUUGUUUAUAUUUUCUAUUGAUUGUUGGUGUGUCUGUCAUUCUCAGAUUAUGCACAUGAUGUGAACGUGACCGACUCAGAGUUUGGGACCAAUGGCUCAGAUCCAGGUAAACACCCUCAACUUCAUAGUUUGUUUUUGCUGUUUAUUUCAAAUUACUCAUUACUCACUUCAUUUUUUUUGUUCUUGAUAUCUUAAUUGAUUGUUUGUUGUCGUUAUGGUCAGUGAUCUGUCCCUACCCGAACACGGACCCCGGGGGGAACCUGACCCAGAGCACUGUGUUUUUGGGGGGAGGAAAUGGAACCACUGGAGACUCGUUUGAGCGUUGGUGGAGUAAGACCAACACCAUCCCUCUCUACCUGAUCAUCCUGCUGCUGCCGCUGCUCUGCUUCCGCUCCGCCUCCUUUUUCGCCAGGUUCACCUUCCUAGGUCAGAGUCCACGCCACCUCACUUUGUCUUUGUGCUGUCACAGCGCUCCAUCAUUUCAUCAUUUAAUCAUCAACAGUUUUAUCACAUCAUUCUAUAAUUUCAGUGUUUUAUCACAUAAUCAUUUUAUAUCAUUCGGCUAUUCUGUCAUUCCCUCAUUUGAUCGUUUUUUCAUUUUAUUGUUUUUUUGUUGUUGUUGUGUUUUGUGUCGUGGUGUAUGUCUUCCAGGUACAAUCUCUGUGAUCUACCUGAUCACACUGGUCACCAUCAAAGCGGCCCGUCUGGGGUUCCACCUGGAGUUCCACUGGUUCCAACCCUCACAGUUCUAUGUUCCAGGUGUGUAAAUUACCUGUAACGAUGUGAUAAUUAAUCAGCAGACUCUUUGUACUAACUGUAGACACCAUUUGAGGCAGACUCACUGAGGCUGAGUGUCUUCUCUUUCUCCCUCCUCUGUUUCUUCUCCUCUUCCUCCUUCCUCUGUGGUUGUCUCAGAGUUCCGGCUGCUGUUCCCUCAGCUGACGGGUGUUCUGACUUUAGCUUUUUUCAUCCACAACUGCAUCAUCACCCUGAUGAAGAACAACAAACACCAGGAGAACAAUGUAGGUGAUCUGUCUUCAUCACUACUGCCUCAUCUUCAUCACACUGACAUCACCUUCAUCACACUGACAUCAUCUUCAUCACUCAUACUCUUUAUCACAUCAAUAUUAUCUCUGUUGUAAUAUUUUGACCUUUGACCUUUACUGUGUAGUGUUCCUUUUUUCAUGUGUGUUUGUGGUUGUGUAUGAGUGUGUGAUUAUAAGUGUUUGUGUGUAUAGGUACAGUAUGUGUUUUUGUUUUGUGUGUAUGUGCUUGUUUCUCGUGUUUUUAAAUGGUAUUAAUUUUAUGUGUUGUGUUGUUUUGCAUCUUUGUUUAUGUUUAUGGUGUGUGUAUAUGUUUUUGUGUGUCUAAAAUGAUUUGUGUAGUUGUACUGCUAUAAAGUAUGGUUAUCUUGUCUGUGUGUUUAUGUAUAUCUGUUUACCUGUAUGUGUGUUUAUGUUCAUAUGUAGCUAUGUGUGUUAAUGCUGUGUGAAGAUCCGUAUUGUGUGCUAUGAUUGUAUUUGUUAUAUAAUGUGUUAUGUUGUUUUUGUAAUGUGUUGUGCUCAGGUGCGGGACCUGUCUGUGGCGUACCUGUUAGUCGGUGCAACCUACCUGUAUGUGGGGAUUUUAAUUUUUGCUGCAUUCCCCUCCCCUCCUCUUACCAAAGACUGCAUUGAAGCGGUGAGAUUCAUUUCCUCACACUGUAUUCACUCCGUUAUAGAUUAACUAUUUCUUAUAUAAUUUGUUGAUACAUUUUAUUCUCUUAAAAUUUUAGUGUUUAUUGUGUGAGUUAUCUCUGUAGAAAGUUCAAAAGUUUUUAAUAAUAUCAUGUGUUUGAUUUUAAUAUUAUCAUUAUUUACUCUUUAGAAAAUAAAACUACUUUCUGUGCCCCCCUCCCCCCACAGAACUUUCUGGAUAACUUCCCCAGCAAUGAUGUGAUGGUGUUUGUAGCUCGCAGCUUCCUGCUGUUCCAGAUGAUCACUGUGUAUCCCCUGCUGGGCUACCUGGUCCGAGUCCAGAUGAUGGGCCAGCUCUUUGGAAACCACUACCCCAGGUACAAUGAAAAAACAGUCACUGCAGGCUGAGAAGUACUGAUAGAUUGUGUCUGGUGGGUCUAAAUAUACUGUAUGAAUUGGAAUCAAUGAUUCUUUAGGUGAAAUAUAUAUUAAGAUGAAAAUGAUUCCAGCUGAAGAUUUCUUUGCUCUCCUCUCUUUUUUUUCUGUAGUUUCUUUCACGUUCUGGCUCUGAACAUUUUGAUUGUCGGGUCGGGAGUCCUGAUGGCAAAGUUUUAUCCAAAUAUUGGAUCCAUCAUCAGGUUUGUUUGAAGCGCUCCUUCUGACCUCUCUGUGUAAAUAAAGAUAAUGUUAUGAUAGGAAUGAUAACAGCAGUGAAUCUAGGGUCUCUGCUGUCUCUACCCACGGCAUAUAAUUUAUGAUAAUGUUAUGAUGUCAGUUCUUUUGAUUUCUAACCGUUCUCUGUUUGAAAAUCUAUACUACAUGGUAUCAAAUGUGUUUAAUGCAGUUAAAAGCAGGGUCCUUUUUUGGCUUUGGGGGUCUUCACUCAAAGCUUUUUCAACGUGUGAAAUAACUAUUUAAAACAUUUGAGUUCAUUUGUGUUCGAAGCUUUUCUGUGAUUGGUCAGAUCUAAAUAUUAACUGAGUUUGAAUGGUGUGAAUAACAGCUGAUUAAUGACUGACAUUAAGAGCUUAAUUCACUUGACUUAACCAAAGAUGAGCUGUGAGACCCACAGAGAAACACACUUCUCUGUUUUUCCACUUGUUUCUACAGCUCAUUCUGAUAACCCUCUGUCUUUUGCCUCAUGUGUCAGCAUGACAUUCAACUUUGAAAAGUUUUAAUCUACACCCAAUUUUUCAAUGUUCCUCCUUUUCUCUGAAGAUUCUCCUGUGACCUGUGAUGCUUUGGUCUGAUGUUCUCUUUUUCAUGUUCCUCUUUCUCUCUGCAGGUUUUCCGGGGCCACCUGUGGUCUGGCUCUGGUCUUUGUGUUUCCAGCUUUAGUGCACAUGAUCUCACAGAAAAGACAGGGGACGCUACGUUGGCCGUCGGCAGUGUUCCAUAGUUUUCUGAUGGUUCUGGGCGUGGCUAAUCUGGUGGCUCAGUUCUUCAUGUAGAGCUGUCAGAGUUUGUGCUUUAGGACACGUGUGUGGUGUUUAAUCUGAUGGAGUCAGACUGAUGUGUGGGUGCGAAUGCGCGAAAGUACGUGAGUGUAUGUUCAAGACGAUGUAGCAGUCCUCCUGAAGGUAAAGGGAUUUCACACUCAGUGUUUCAGGGAGGAUCAGGAGGCUAGUUUUAGAUAUUAUUGAAUAUUGAUAUUUUAUGAUACUUCUUGGUUAGAGGUGCUUCUGAUGUCAAAAACUGAGAUACGAUAUCAUUUAUUAUUUAAUAUGAAUAUGACAUGUCAUGAUAUCUCUCGGUUGGAGGUGUUUCUGAAGCUGCUCUUUAGGGUUAAAUUGAUGAAACAUCAGGAGAAGUUUUAGAGAAACUUAGUCAAACAUUAACUGCUCUUUGAAUGAACUUUGACACCUUUUAAAUUGUUUUUUAUAUUUACUGUGAAUCACAUGACAGAGUUUAAAACUUUUACUUGAAGUCUUUUUCUUCUUCACCAUGAAGUUUGUUGCUGCUGCCCCCUGCUGGCAGUUUGUUUGUGUUACAGCUGAUUUUAAGCUCAAAAAGGGAACAACGUUGUGAUUCUUAAAUCCGUUUCAAUGACAUUCAGACUUUUAUCUUUUAUGGGUGGUGUUUCGAUGAUGCCUGUUUCAUGUAUUUUACUAACCAAAGGAUAAACAAAGGGAAGAUAUUUAGAGUGUAAAUAAACUGUAUGAGUCCAUGAAAUGUUUGCUUUUAAUAAAAACUGUUUAAUCAAAGAAAA